UCGUUCGAUCGCUGUCAUUCAUUACCUUACAACGGUGAAAUCCUUCAUCCUUGUGUUUAAAUUAUUUUGAAAAUAAUUAAUUUUUUUUUCUAUUUACGAGAAUAAAAAUCAAUCUACGUUAUUAAACAACCAAGUGUACCCGUUUGUCUAAAUCAGAACUUUAUUAGACAUGGCAAAAGUCGACCUGUAUGAUGCGUGCAUUAAGUGUUUUGGGUGUUCUCAAGGUCAUCUAAACUUACACAAAAUACAACAUGAGAUAUCCGAUAUAGUUUGGGAAGAUCAAAGUUUCACAGUCGACUCACACAGAGGAGCCACAAGAAAACUCAAUGUGAACUACCAACCACACCAGAAAGAGCUGUACAGCGAUGUCGAGACUACUAAGGAGUCUGAAAUUAUCACAAGUGUCAACAUAGCCACUGGUGUUGUCAUAGGCACCAACAGGAAGAUGAGACUCUCACUGGUAGACGCCCCUGAGCCCGUCAGAAACGCCAUCGGAAUGUUUCUAGACAUCGACCCCAGCAAACAGUAUUCAGAGAAAUCAGACACGAUUAAAGUGACCCUGGGUAGCGCCCAUAAGAUGACGUCACCUAACGGUGUAGGUACAAGCGCUCAAGCUACAGUGACAGUGAAAGAAGACAGAUACAGUUGUAAUUUCUCCUGCACGAUAAAAUUGUCAGGAGAUGCUAUAUGUAAUCGCAACGGUGGAUCGGAACAGCAAGAUAUUGCACAGAUCUUUUCGGAUUUGAAAGAAAAAAGUCCCAAAGAAUAUUCGCAUAUUACCGUCAAUACGGAAACCCAAAUCCAAGGUGAAAAACCUGUCUCUGUAAGCUUCACCAUGUCUGGACAGUGUCAGUUUAGUGGACAGUUUGAGCAGACGAUUGAUUGGAAUUAAACACGUUUUGGUUGAAUUCCUGAAAUAACAGCAACUCAAGCAUCAGGAAAUACUCGAACAUUCCAAAGUCAAAACUGAGAUUAUUGUUUGAUAUAUGAAAUUAUCUAUUACAUCAUUCAGGAAAAAUAAAAUCCCGGAUUGUUAUAUUUUUUUCGGAAAUAGGUGCUAUACCGAACGAUUUUUUUUUUGUUUUUUUUUUUGUUUUUAUUUCACAUUCAGAUCAUUAAGUAAGAAUUUUGUACAAAGCCCCUUUUUUAUAUCUGUAGAAACUGUUUAAUGUACAGCUGAUUGUUGAAUUAGACUUUUGUGUAUUUUUUUUUUUUUUUUUUUCUUUGUAUAGUUUACAUAUAGUAUACAUUUUACAUAUCUUUUACCCUGCAAGAGUUGUAAGUUAAAUAUAAAUUUAAUAUUAAAGAAUACUUUUUUACUUUCUCGUAUAUACGAAGUAUAGAGAAAGUAUUGUAAUCGUGCACAAAAAUCACUUAAAAUUUUAACAAUUAUCACCUGAUUACACCUCAGUCCUUCAUCACAUCCGAAGUAUAGAAGACUUAUUUUAAUCGGGCAAAAAUUAUCAAUCCAGAUUUAUCAAAAUUAAGAGGUUUUAUGCGUAAUCCAGUCUGAAAAACUGGGCUUUGCAAUUCUGUCCGUAUGUCUGUGUGUCUGUGUGUCUGUCCGUGUGUAAACACGAUAACUUAAGUACCGUUACAGCUAGGUUGAUGAAAUUUCAUAUAUAAGUAUUAUAUCAAAAUCGUAGAUCCGUAUCAACUUUUAAGCGAUUUCCGAUUACUGGAAGUGGUAUUUUUUCAACUUU